GGCGGCGGCGGGGGGGGAGGAAGGCAAGAUGGCGGCGCCCAUCCUGAAAGUGGCGACCCCGAGGUGGGAGAAAGUAGCGCGGGGCAGCGUCUGCCUGCUCGGGGCGCUGCUCUCCGUCUACGCCUACCAUGUGGAGAGCGCCCGGGGCAGCGACCCCGGCUACGUGGCCAUGUGCGACCUGAGCGAGCGGAUGAGCUGCACCAAGGUGUUCGGGUCGAGGUGGGGAAGAGGAUUUGGACUAGUUGGGAUCAUUUUUGGAAAAGAGAGUGCUUUGAAUCAGCCAAACAGUAUAUAUGGACUUAGUUUCUAUGUGCUACAAAUGUUGUUGGGUAUGACCGUGAGUGCAAUGGCUGCUUUAAUACUAAUGACGACCUCCAUAGUGUCUGUGGUGGGCGCACUGUAUCUAAGUUACAUCCUGUAUUUUGUGCUGAAGGACUUUUGCAUAAUUUGCAUUACUACAUAUGUCCUGAACAUCAUUCUCUUUAUUAUCAACUAUAAACGACUCGUUUACUUGAAUGAGGCCUGGAAACAGCAACUCCAAUCCAAACAGGAAUAAUGUGUAUGAUCUGCAAGCCUAACACCUGGAGAGCCUGCUUUCAUUAUGUCUAUUUGGCAGUCAUUUUUUUUUGUGAGAGAGAGAGAGAGAGAGAGAGAGAGGUGUAUAUGAUAUUAUGGAAAUCAAAGUCAUUGAGAACCAAUUUUUUUAAAUGGAAUACUUCUGUGGGGCCCUGGGUGUUGGUUUAUCCUCCCUCCUGCACAGAUAUAACAGAGACCAACAAAGAGCAAGCUUUAACUGUAGUGCACAUUCCUUCGGAGAUCUGAAUUUAAACAAAUACACUAAGUGGCAUUUGUAAUUUUAAGCAUUCCUCUUUCUUUUCCUUCUCCCAAUAAUGCAAAUUGUGUUAAAUUGUGAUUGAAAGUGCCUUCUGUUACAGAGGAAUUUGCCGUUUUAUUUUAAUCCUAUUCAAGUGUUUUGUAUUGCACAGAAAGUGGUUAACAGGUGUCCUGGGUCUUGGUGCUUUUUUACGUGGGGUCAAAAAAAUGUACAUCUUGGUUGAAUGGCAGUGUGAGUGUUGCAAGUCCGAUUAUUCUUUCCGUACAGUAGUAAUUUAUCACAUGUUAAAUAGUGGCUUUCCAUGUAAAAAUGUUUGGGUCCUGUAGGCCUUAUCUGUGUACAUGCUUGUUUUUAUUUUAAAAGGCCGACAAUGUACCACAAAGGUAUUUAAACCAGCAUUAUUCGUAGUGCUGGGUAGCUCUAGUCACAGCUUGCUAAUGGUUUAAAAUGACGCAUCUGAGUAUUUUCGGUAAAGUUACAAAAGCUCUAAUCUUUGCAGGUGACUAAAAUGGGACUAAGAAUUUGUUAAUAUUUUUAAUGUAAUUUAGUAAAAGUGCAGUAUAAAAUAGUUUACUUUUUUUUAACAAAAGAACUUCCACAUUGCACUUUAGACAUAGUAAUUUUAUUUUAAUUUCAGUUUUUGAAAAUUUGUUGAGUGAAGCAACAGGACCAUGUCUAUAUAAAUGUGUGGUCAUCUAGACCCAUGUUUAAAACUUGGGUAUUUCAUGACCUGAUUUAAUGGACCCCUUUUGGUUUGAAUUUAGUUGUGCUGUAUACAACCUUUUUUGUAAAUUCAUGUAAGUUUUUAUUACGUUGAAGCCCCCUUUUUUUGUCACUAGUUGUGCCAAUUGUUUGUGUUUAAGAUUAGUUGAUUUCAGAACCAGUGCUAUAUUAAACAUAUGGGUGGCACGGAGGAGUUGCUGCCUUACAGCGCCAGAGACCCAGGUUCGAUCCUGACUAGGCGUGCUGUCUGUACGGAGUUUGUACGUUCUCCCCGUGACCUGCGUGGGUUUUUAUCCAGGAUCUCCAGUUUCCUCCCACACUCCAAAGACGUACAGGUUUGUAGGUUAAUUGGCUUGGUAUCAUUGCAAUCGUAAAAUUGUCCCUAGUGUGUGUAGGAUAGCGUUAACGUGAAGCAGGUCGGCGCGGACUUGGUGAGUCGAAAGGCCUGUUUCCACGCUGGAUCUCUAAACUAAACUAAACAUCUUUCAAAUUAAUUGGACUGACUGGAUGGAAAGAGGAGUUUACAUUUAAAAAGUUUGAUCUGGCAUUAAGAAAGUAUUUAAAAUCAAUUCUGUCCCAUUAAACGAAUUAAAAUAUGCAUGACAAGUGCUUAAAUAAAGGAUUUUCUCUCGUUACAAACAAAUAACUACCAUUUAAAACGCCCGAUUUUGCUCAAUACCAUCUUCGGGCUUUGUUUGGAAGUUUGUCAUUUUCAGCACGAUGACAAUUAGACCUAGAGGCUUUUCCUGGUUUUGAAGCUGUGGUGCUCCUUAAAUAUUGUUGGAAAUGUGCAUUCACUGUGCAAUGCCGGCUGAUUAAUUUUGUAUUCAUUGCUGCACUAGAUAAAAGAUUUCAAUUCAAUAUGAUGAUGAUGAUGUCCCCGAAACUACAAGUUGUGGAGAUUGUAACAAAUUUAAUAACUUUUUUUCAAACACUGUAAUUAUUCACAUCAAGCAACCUUGUGGUCUAUUGCACUAAUUGAUAUCCUAACAGUUUUGAAUUUCUUAAAGUAGCUUAUGAUCUCAUUAGAAUGAGGUUACUUUACAUUUCAUAGAUCGUGAAAAUGUUUAAUGAAAUGAUGUAAUUGCGACUUUGAACUGGUAAAUAUUGGUUUAUUGCAGAGGUAGUUGAACCAAUUUUUUUUUUCUCCUAAUGUAAAUUUUAAUGCCUUGAACCAACUUUCCAUAAAAAAACGUGUUAAUUUUUAGUAUACCUCAGAUACUGUGCACAUAUGCACAGGAUCCAUCUUACAUGGUUGAGUCAUCCAAACAAUUGUCAACUUUCUGUGCCUACUUGAUGUGCAUAGUCUAAUCAAAAUGGAAGGGACAGUUUUAGAUCAGCAGAAAAGGAUGAGUUCUAUGUCAAUCAAGGACUGCAUGUAUAGCGAACGCAUAGUAAUUUACUUUGAAGCUAAAGCUUGUUAACGUGCAAGAUGUUGCACAUGCAAUCAGUAAUUUAUGGAGCCAGUAUUUUCGCAACUUUUUUUUUUGUGUGCCCUUAAAUGUGUGAUUUUUUAAAAAAAAUCCUUGCACUGUAAAUGUUUAGUUGAUGUUAAAUGCCAUUACUACAUUCUUCAUAGAAUGCUGAUAAUCCAGAGGAAGUUGGGCACAGUUAAAGCUUGCAUCCUGGAUGUGGGGGAAGUACAUUUAUUGUAUCUGUGCUCCUUGAAGCUGCUGGGUUUAGUAAGUGUCCCCGUCUGUCUUGAGCUCUACAUGACCACUGGAAUGCUAUUGUACUAUUUUGUGACAUUCCUGUGGCCCGAUAAGCUGUAAGAAAGAAGAAAAAAAUUCCAAAGGAGUUAACUUGUGUUUAUAAUACUGGUACUUUAUACCUUGACUGUGGACGUCCUGCUCAUUCUUGAUCCUGUUUUGGGGUAAAACUAUAUACUAUGUAACUGCAAUUCUACAUGUUUGGUACAAAACAAAUUGAAUAUUGGUUUUUGCCACUUUUGGGUUGGGUUCGAAUUUUGUGUAUCUCCUGGUAUUGAGAUCAUUUUACCAGCAGUAGAAAGAUGGACAAAUUUAAGGUCUCAGAAAUCUAAUUGUAUUAACCCUCUUCCACCACCAUUGUUUGAAAAUAUUGCACUGUCUAGCAUGAAACCCAUGUUUACUGCUCAUAAUGUACUGUAAUUGAAUAUAACUAGAUUCAUCACUACAUAUCACUGGUAUCAGUAUCAAUACAGGCAAAUGGGCCCCUAUUAAAGACAGUGAAGUAAAAUGGUUUUCAUUACAGUAAAUUGUCAUUAUGAAAGUGACAGGGUGACAGAUGCUCUUUAUUUUUGUAAACUGUAUCUAGCAUGGCAGAAGUACUAUGUUCUUGAUCUGUAUAAUAUGUUCCAUCAGAGUUAUUUAUUAAUGCUGCUUCAUGCUCAUGAGCACACAUGUUAAAACUUUAAAGGUGGACUCUCUGGGCAUUGAUCCCUUUCACAGCCACAGACGAGAACGGUUUUUUAUACAUAGGUUCAGGAAUAUGAUUUUGCUACAUGGCAAAAAUUGUAAAUAUGUAUGAAUGUGUAUUCAUUGCACAAAAUUUUUGGUAUGAAAUAAAUGUAGAAUUUACAUGA